AUGAAGAUUAUCGACCCAAACACGGAGAGAGAGGCACAACGACUUUUACAACACCGCCUCAGAAUUCCUCAUGAACUUCGAAUGAGUGUCAAGCUAGCUAUGGUUUCCAAGUGGCCAAAUCCAAGGUUCGACGUUGUUUUGAAGAAAAAUCGCAGUCAUGAGGAUUAUGAUAGUAUAAUUGAGCUUCUCCAAGACUUAAAUCUAUCGGAACUGGGAUCCUUCUUGUGGCAAGGCUUGAGUUGCAGGAGUCUAUCCGAAUAUCGUGAUAUCAAGUAUCCCCCGGUCGAGUCAGAAUCCAAACCACAACUCAAAGUCGGUGUUCGAACCUUUCCUUCAUUCAAUCGAUUACCAGCCGAGCUUCGCCUGGAUAUAUGGGAAUACGUAUUCGCCGAAGAUCUCCUCCCGAAAGUCCAUCAUUUGAACAACACCAAUCGCGAUACCGGAAGGAUCACCGAGUCAAUUACAUCACAUCUCCCAUUUUCGAAUAUCGUACAAGUUUGCAAAGAGUCUCGACAAUGGUACCUCUCACGAACACAGAAUGCUUGGGCCUUCGGCACAUACGUCAACUUUCACAGCGAUAUCAUGUAUCUGACCCAGCAAAUUGAAAACUCCAACAUCCUUUACGAAACUCUUCUCUCCAGCCCUCCAAUGAUGAAGGUUCAAAACUUGGCAAUGCGCCGAACAUGGCUUACCGAUAACCCUCAGAAGGCUCCCAAUAGUGUCGAAGCAUUUGCAAACAUUCGGCAAAAUCUUCCCUCGUUGAAGAAUAUCUAUGUCGUCAUAAACGAGAUCCGACGUUCAACAAUUAUCGACAAAGAUAACGACAUUAAGUUUAAACAUCUCUCGGCAAGGCAAAAGAGGAAGUGGGUAGAUGUAGGAUAUGCGAGGACAUGGUUGAAAUGGUUGAAUCAGAAAAUGAUGUGGAGGGGCUAUAAGAGUGUCGAUUAUAAUUUCGUCAUGGUUGGUACUGAGUGUCAAGACUCACUAUCUUCAAAAUAUGGAGAGGUGACUUUUGAGAGAAAGAUUCGUGAUGGAACUCUAGAGCUCUUUUGA